UUUCAUCAUACAAUGGUUAAAAAGAUUUCAAUAAGAGGUUGUUACCAUUAUUGAAGUAAGUAGAAUGUAUUAAUAGAAUUAAAGAAAUGAGUUUUCAAAAAAAAAAGAAUUAAAGAAAUGAAAUCAGGUAUGGUUUUAGCUUUACCUCUAUUUGUAGCUCUGAUUUUCCUCUUACAGUCAAUGAUAAGCCUCGUGAGCAUCUUCACUAUAAGUGGAUUACAGUUUAUUAUGAAUAAAGAAUGGAAACAUACCAAUGGUUUUUCAGGCGUGAUUGUUAGAGCUUCUUCCUCUACAUCCUACCUUUUUCCGCCUUCUCCUCUGCCGCCGCGGUGAAAAUACAGGAACAUCUCUGAGUCAUUUUUCCUGAUGAUGAACUCCGACUGUUUGCUCACGAGGGAAACUGGUGAGUCAGCCAUGGGAGCUAGGAAACGAGCUUCAAAAGAACCGGCCGGCGUGGCUGCUAAACCGGAAUCUGGCGAUUCCAAACCGGUUCCAACGCCUGAUGAUGCCUCGUCCGAGCCGAAGAUCACCCCUUCAAAAGCUCCAUUAAUGUUCAAAUGCACUGCAAUUUUCUCAAUCCCGUACUUCUACUUGAUCUACUACCACUAUGGAAUCGAAUCGGAGCUCCGGAGAUCCAUCAUCAUCAAUGCUAUUAUUAGCUUGCUCGGUUACUUCGUAACCCUAGCUAUGAUCCCUGUGGCCUCGAAAUACCUUGUCAGAAGGAACUUAUUCGGAUACGAUAUCAACAAGAGGGGCACUCCUCAAGGCACCAUUAAAGUGCCUGAGUCACUGGGUAUUGUUGUUGGGACCGUUUUCUUGGUUGUGGCUAUCUUGUUUCAAUACUUUAACUUCACAGCUGAUUCAAAUUGGCUUGUUGAGUACAAUGCGGCAUUAGCUUCAAUCUGCUUCAUGAUGAUGCUUGGAUUUGUUGAUGAUGUUCUUGAUGUACCAUGGAGAGUGAAAUUGUUAUUGCCAUCUAUUGCAGCUCUUCCUUUGUUGAUGGCGUAUGCUGGGCAUACAACUAUUGUUAUACCAAAGCCUCUAGUUCAAUAUGUUGGAUUAGAAAUUCUGGAUCUAGGAUGGAUUUAUAAACUAUAUAUGUGGCUCUUGGCCAUAUUUUGCACAAAUUCCAUAAAUAUUCAUGCUGGUAUCAAUGGCCUUGAAGUAGGGCAGACAGUUGUUAUUGCAGCAGCUAUUUUGAUUCAUAAUAUCAUGCAAAUUGGAGCAUCUACUGGCCCCGAGUACAAACAAGCCCAUGCAUUUUCUAUUUAUCUUGCCCAACCAUUGCUUGGCACUUCCUUGGCUUUACUUUCUUACAACUGGUAUCCUUCUUUGGUUUUUGUUGGUGACACCUUCACCUACUUUGCUGGAAUGACUAUGGCAGUAGUUGGCAUUUUGGGUCACUUUAGUGAAACACUUCUGAUAUUCUUUACCCCUCAAGUUUUGAACUUUCUGCUGUCACUCCCUCAGCUAGCUGGUAUUAUCCCUUGUCCACGGCAUCGACUGCCUAAAUUUGAUCCUCAGACGAGGUUACUGACUGGUACGAAUGACGGAACAUUGGUAAACUUCUUCUUAAGACAAUUUGGCAGAAUGUCAGAACAGACCCUUUGCGUCGUAUUACUACUUUUCCAGGUGUGGUUGUGCGGUUGCUUUAGGUGCAUAAUUUUCCUUCUUAAGGUGCGGGGUUUGUAUGCUUAAGGUACGUCAGUGUUGAAACUUAAGGCCUUCUGCUGCUGCUUCUGUUUCGUGCUGAGGUGGCUUCUUACUGGUUGGUAUAAAUGAAGUUGCAACAGUAAAGAAUAUUCUAUUCCCGAUGGGCGCACAAAUGAAUGAAAUCAACUCACCCUGGAAGGAAAUGCAGAGUUGUUUUGUUGUCGCUCACGGGAGGAGGUAAGGAGAACAGUUGCUGCUUUUAAAUGAGUUUAAGAAUUAGGUGUGUUGGAGUUUUGACCUAACUCAUAAGAGUUCCAAGAGAAUCAUUGUUUUAUUAACUGGAGCGCGUCAACUUUAGUUUUCUUAUCCCAGAAUGAAUACACACACACACACAUACAUAUACACACACACAUACAUAUACACACACAUAUACAUACAUGUAUAUACAUAUAUGUAUAUAUGUUUCAGAUUUUUACAGUA